AUGAUAGGAUCGAAGAAUGUUCAAACAUACGCUAUCUCUUCUCCCGUAGUAGGUAACCUUUAGAGUCACUCCAAGCAUUCAGUUAAUUAGAUUGUUUGUUUUUCGAGUCUACCCUUGCUGCUUUAGUAAAUUGCUUGUUAAAGAAAGGAAGCUGCCGUUUUUGUAACUGUUUUACAUCGAUUCGUUCAAAAAGGAACUUCCAAAUUAAAAAUUCCUUUUAAAAUGUUUUUAGUUGGCAAAUUACAUAUUAGAAUACCAUUUUGUAGGGAAUGAUAUGUCAAAAUCAAAAUGAUAAUCUAAUUGUUUUGUAACCUUCCUGAGGGAGUAAUAUCAAGAUGAUUUACUGAGAUAAGUUGACUCACUCUAACAAAGAUACUGACAGUACUGGAAACAUCACUAUUUCCGGCUGUGUCAAACUCCUAGCUAAUUCAUUUAACUGGGUAAAGUGCUCGUCAAAUAAAACUUCAAGGAAGAGUCAAAGUGACUUCUGACAUAUCAAUGUAAUUUUAAUACAGUAUAUUAAAGAUGAAACAACAACAACAUGAUAUUAAUUUGAGGAGGACUCGGAAAAAAAAAUCCGAGUCCCAGAUGGGAUUUGAACCCACGACCCUCCGUGAUCUAGUCGGAUGCUCUAACCACUUGAGCUACUGGAGACUCUGUGGUGAGCAAGGGCCAAUUUGUGGGUCUCGACUGGAACCGCAUCACGCGGCUACACAGCCAAGUAAUGAUAGGCACACAAGAAGUGAAGAACUCACUAACAGCAUCGCGCUGUCACCUUAAAGCAUAUCAAAGAUGUUCUUCACUUCUUGUGUGCCUAUCAUUACUUGGCUGUGUAGCCGCGUGAUGCGGUUCCAGUCGAGACCCACAAAUUGGCCCUUGCUCACCACAGAGUCUCCAGUAGCUCAAGUGGUUAGAGCAUCCGACUAGAUCACGGAGGGUCGUGGGUUCAAAUCCCAUCUGGGACUCGGAUUUUUUUUCCGAGUCCUCCUCAAAUUAAUAUCAUGUAAUUUUAAUACAGUACAUAUUUAUUCAUAGAGGGAGUACUCUGAGGCUAUCAAUAUGAGGUCGCCAUUUUGAACAUCCAAAAUGGCCUGGGUAUGCGAUUGAACGUCGUUCUUUAAGUCUUUCCCACCUUCUAACCGCCAUAUUUACAUAUUGCUGGCAUAUUUACCGUGCUGAAAUCACUAUCGACAACGGCUAGCGAUCAACAUUUUCCAAGACCUCUUGAUUAAUGGAGGUAGACUAACUAUAAGUUACAAUUGUUCUGUAUUGCAGUUUCAUCUGGGAGUGUCAGUAAUUACACGAUAAAAUCAUAUGAUCAUGCUGGCUGUGCUAAUGACCGUGCCACGGAGAAGAUGGCGUCCUUGGACGGCAAAGCUAAAGCCAUGCAUUGGUCUUUUUAUUAUAUCGUAAGCAAGAGCCUUUGUGUAACCGGUGUUCAUUACAAGGGAAAUGAAUUUUAGUCUGCUUAGGAUUAUACCUCGAGCCCCCUCAACUUUGCAUGGUUGGGGUGACUAACGAGUACAUAAAGAAACCUCAGUGCUAAUACGUAUCAAUAACAAGGAAAGAUAUCAUAAAUUUACAUGUUUGUACCUUUCAUGGCAGCCUUCGUUGUUUAGUUAAUCUUUUCACCACGGGCGGCUUUCGCCAAGAUACAUGCCAAGGGAGAAUUAAUUGGCAGUUUUGUUUAAGGGAAUAACAUAUUUUUCCCUCUUUUGCCUAGCUUUAGCUGAGGUCAUGUCAGACGAUGCCUCGCUGACUGAACAAACAACAUGUAUAGAUUCUGAGUCCGAAGAUGCCUGGUACAUUAUUGACAUCUUCAGCCACGUUCAACCAGAGCUUGAUGAGGGCAAUGAAUCCCACAAACAGCUUUUUCUAUACGUAACUAGAGCUGGAGUAAACAGAAGAACCUUUCUACAGGUACAUAAUUUUCUUAGGGUUCUAGGAUGGGAUAAUGUAGCCAAGUUCGCACCCUUGCUAUUGCCAACGUCAUGGGUGGGCUAUUAAUUUUGUAUCUACAUGAUAAUGAGACAUGCUGUUGAAGGAAUUAUGAAUCAUAUCAGCAUCAUUCAUCAUCAGCUAAUAAAAGAAACUGGGUAUUUUCAUCGCCAUCAACAUUAUUCUUUAGCUUCUUAUUACAUGAACCCCUAAUCACAAAUCUUGCUAUCUCUUUUUGUCUUCAUGCAGUGUGUAGCACCAAUUUUUAAGGUACUUACGCUCUUCACUGUACUGUGGUUUUUUGACGUCUGUCGACUUGCUUUCCCACCACAGGCCCUGGCUAAUUUUUGCCGUUUCGUUCAUGCAAGCUCCAGGACGAAGAAAAGACUCUGUUCAAAGAGAGGUUUUCGUAAUACAUGGAAUUUUAUGACAAAAAGGGGCUAAGCCUCCAAAGCAGCAGAGGGGGGUAUUCUUGAUUAUCAUCGAGAACAGAUGCAUUUUCAGUUAAAAAAACAAACAAACAAAAAAACAAAAAAAAAAACACCUGUUCCAAAUAAUUUCAUAUGUACGGUCUGUCCCAUCACCUCCAGUUUUACUGAUAAGUGUUGAUUUAACAUUUGUCUUAUUCUCAGGAAGAAAAGACCAGAAUUCCAAUGAUAACUGUUUAUUCAAACAAUUUCUCCUGGAGAAAAAAGCAGGGAUCAGUGACGCUUGUUGCCAAACUGGAGAUGGGAUCUUUUCAAGCUGUGAAAAAGGUAAUGCUUAUCUUUCCAGAUAAAUGUGGGCGGCCUUUGAUUUUGCCCAAACUAGUGGUAGCCAAGAAACCAAAAUUUACUGAAAUUUUCUUUGUAAAUUCCUCAUCGUUUUUUGGAGACAAGAAGUCUGAAACCUCUUUUAUUGAUAACUUCAGAAUCAGAUUGAAUUACAUAUGUAUUUUAAAAAUAAUCUAUAAAUCUUUUCAUUAUUUCGAAAAGUAAUUAAUAAGGAGAUGGGAAAAUCAAAGAGCAUUUUCAUCCAAACUGUGGGAUUAAACUAAAUUGCAAGUUCAAACUUGCACGGUUGAUCUGGAGCAGCACAAGUAGUUAGUUGUUAGUUAUUAGUACACAUCGGUGAAUGGAGACAGACAAAAAUAAAAACGUUUUCAGUUCAUGGCCUUAAGACAGUGUAUAUACAUGUAGAUAAGCACUUAAAACGCACUGGCACGCCUUUAUCGCCCCUUUCAGAAAGUAACAUGAACAUCUAUUAUUAUCUUAUGCAGGUCGAUCGACGGAAAAUAGAGGAGAUGAGACUGCCCGAGAAAAUAACCUUUACUCUGCCACCAUGCGACGCAUCGUUCAUGAAAGUAAAAGCCAAGCUAAUCGAUGAAAACAGUGAUAAUGACAUCCUUUUGGAAACAGAGCAGUUACACGUCCCACUGGCCUUGGUAAGUAAUUUUAAUCAGCAGUUUUUUUUUGUUUUUUUUUUUUUUUACAGGGCCGUUGUUUGCGUCUGUGUUUCUAUUAGGGAGUGGUGCUAUCCCUUGUGCCGUAAAAGAGGACGUAGAAAGCUAAGGGUCUUUAAAAAUUAAGAUCCGAUUUCGAAAACUCGAUUAGAAGUGCUCAAGAUGAUGUUUGAAAUCUCGAGCUCUUUUCUGUUUGUUGUUUCCAAACAAGGUGUAAUGGGCGCCUAAAAGCUAUUCGCUAACGAUAAUUACAUGUGGAGCCAGAAAGUAGAACAUGGAGGGCUCUGCAAAGGAGAGAGGUGUUUUUCGUAUCAUAAUAAACUUUUUUUGUUGUUUUUAAUCAUUUUAGCUACCCCAAAUAGACACGAAGCCCGCACUUGAACACGAACUUGUUCUCCGUGGACCAGCCGAGUCCAGUACAGUAACUGCCGAUGAAGUUACGAGUACGUGACGACAAGUAUGGGUUUUACAUGACUUUCUAAUUCUUCUAAAUGUUGCAGUUCCUUGGUGNCUGAAAAAAUAUACUUAAUAUACCACACAUGCCUCCAGUCUUUAAUUAAAAGAAAGGGAAAGAAAACGGAAAAAAAAGAGAAAAAUGCCCUCAUUUUGAAACCACACCAGUUCCCCUCCCCACCGUCCUUGGAAAAAAAUUUUAAUCUGCUUUUUUUUUUUUUUUUUUUUUUACAGGGCCGUUGUUUGCGUCUGUGUUUCUAUUAGGGAGUGGUGCUAUCACUUGUGCCGUAAAAGAGGACGUAGAAAGCUAAGGGUCUUUAAAAAUUAAGAUCCGAUUUCGAAAACUCGAUUAGAAGUGCUCAAGAUGAUGUUUGAAAUCUCGAGCUCUUUUCUGUUUGUUGUUUCCAAACAAGGUGUAAUGGGCGCCUAAAAGCUAUUCGCUAACGAUAAUUACAUGUGGAGCCAGGAAGUAGAACAUGGAGGGCUCUGCAAAGGAGAGAGGUGUUUUUUGUAUCAUAAUAAACUUUUUUUGUUGUUUUUAAUCAUUUUAGCUACCCCAAAUAGACACGAAGCCCGCACUUGAACACGAACUUGUUCUCCGUGGACCAGCCGAGUCCAGUACAGUAACUGCCGAUGAAGUUACGAGUACGUGA